AUUACUGAAAUCUAAGCAGCGAAGAAUGUAGAAGGAUGCCUUUGGACAGAUUAGCAGAUUAGCACAGGAAUAAGUAUACGAUAGAGUAGCAUCCUUUAUCGAAAUGGUCAGUCAUGUAUGCCUUUAUUUGUGAGCUUAUUAGGGAUCCAUUUCUCCUUCUGAAAGCGAAAAAGCCCAUUGCGUAUUUAGAACAAUCUUGUCUGUUUUGUGAGCAGUACUGUAGCAGCAGCCAAGGAAGGAAGAAUGGCGCAUCUUGGCAUCUCUAGAUGGAAAGCUAUCUCCCGUCAACUACCUAUAACUCAUAGAGAGCUUUGCUUGGCCAUUUCGAGGGAGGAGGAGGAUUAGUGCAAGUGAUCUUCUUCUAACUAGGUUGAGUUAAUUGGAGGGCGCCAUGGGAGCCGUGAUGUCGGCGCUGGCGGGAGCCAGCAGGGAGAGGCAGAGCAGGAGGAGGAAGCAGUUCCACACGGUGGAGCUGAAGGUGAGGAUGGACUGUGACGGCUGCGAGCUCAAGGUCAGGAACACUCUUGCCAGAAUGAGAGGGGUGGAGUCGGUGGAGAUCAACCGGAAGCAGCAGAAGGUGACGGUGCAGGGGUUCGUGGAGCCGCAGCGGGUGCUCCGGCGAGCCCAGUCCACGGGGAAGCGCGUCGAGCUGUGGCCCUACGUGCCCUACACCAACCCCUACGUCGCGCCGCCGGUGUACGACAAGAGGGCGCCGGCGGGCCACGUCCGCCGGGUGGACGCCCUCAUCGCCCCCGCCGCCGGCCGCGAGGAGGACCUCGCCACCAUCUUCAGCGACGACAACCUCAACGGCUGCUCCGUCAUGUGAUGCUGUAGCUCAUCGAUCACAGAAGCGACCCCAGAUUUGAGUGAGCACGCUAUGCGUGUUUGUACGCGCGCGGUACCGUAGGUUUUUGCAAGAGCUAGCAUGCCCUUUGUUUGGAUGAAGAAACUACUUUCUACUAGCUAGUAAUUGGUACAGUAUUUACCAAGAGAUGAGCAAGAUAAAAAAGAGAUGGGCACGAUCACCAUUGAGAAAUUACGAACGGAGUUAAUUGAUUGAUGAGGGCCUUUUGUAGCUUUA